GCCCUGGGGGGCACGGUGCCGGCGGUGAUGGCUUGAGGGGCCAGUGGAGGCGGCGGCAGCGCGGUCUAUGAGGCGGCGGGCCGGCUCCCCCCUGCGCACCUGCUUACCGCGCUCCGCGGGCGCGGAGGGCCGCGCAGCACCAUGUCGCGCGUCGUCCAGAAGAAGAACCACUGGGCCAGCCGGGUACGGCAGUGCUCCCUCACCCGCGGGCCCGGCGGGCAGCUGGGCUUCUCCUUGCUCGGGGGUGCGGAGCAUGGCGAGUUCCCUUACGCGGGCGCGGUGGUGGGAGACGGCGAAGCGGCGCUGAGCGAAGGGGAGCUGCUGCUGGAGGUGCAGGGCAUUCGCGUCUCGGGACUGCCGCUCUACGACGUGCUGGAAGUGAUCCGGAGCUGCAAGGACCCCAUCGUGGUGAAAUCCGUCCGACAAGGAAGCAGAUUGAACAAAGAUCUGAGACAUUAUCUCAACCAGAGGUUUCAGAAAGGCUCACCAGAUCACGACCUGCAGCAGACUAUCAGAGAUAACCUUUAUCGCCAUGCUGUGCCUUGCACAACCCGCCCUCCGAGAGAAGGAGAAGUGCCUGGUGUGGACUAUAACUUUCUGACUGUGGAGGAGUUUUUGGAGUUGGAGAGAAGUGGGACCCUUCUGGAAGUAGGAACUUAUGAAGGUAACUAUUAUGGAACACCCAAGCCUCCCAGCCAGCCCCUCAGUGGGAAAGUGACUUCCACCGAUGCUUUGCAAAACCUGCAGUCUGGCUCCAAGCAGUCGACUCCAAAGCGAACCAAAUCCUACAAUGAUAUGCAAAAUGCUGGCAUAGUGCAUACAGAGAAUGAGGAAGAGGAUGAUGUACCUGAAAUGAGCAGUAGCUUCACAGCAGAGUCUGGUGACCAGGACGAGCACAACACGCGCAUCGUGAGAGAGACAGCCCUGCCAUCCACGAUUGAGAGCCACACCAACCUUCCCACCACGGAACCAUCUCAGAACCUCCCUCAAUACCUACCUCCUUCUGCUGAGGAUAACCUAGGUCCUCUGCCGGAAAACUGGGAGAUGGCCUACACGGAGAAUGGAGAAGUCUAUUUUAUAGACCAUAAUACAAAAACAACAUCUUGGCUAGAUCCACGGUGCCUGAACAAACAGCAAAAGCCUCUAGAAGAAUGUGAAGAUGAUGAGUUGCCUGCUGGUUGGGAGAAAAUUGAGGAUCCUGUAUAUGGUGUCUACUAUGUAGACCACAUCAACCGGAAGACACAAUAUGAAAACCCAGUUCUUGAAGCGAAGAGGAAGAAACAGCUUGAGCAACAGCAACAGCCACCAGAAGGAAAACCUUUUUUUACACGAAACCCUUCUGAGUUGAAAGGGAAGUUCAUCCACACCAAGCUAAGGAAAAGCAGCAGAGGUUUUGGCUUCACUGUCGUUGGAGGGGAUGAACCGGAUGAAUUUCUGCAAAUCAAAAGUUUGGUGCUUGACGGCCCUGCAGCACUGGAUGGCAAAAUGGAAACAGGGGAUGUGAUAGUCAGCGUGAACGAUACCUGUGUGCUGGGGCACACUCAUGCUCAAGUUGUGAAAAUCUUCCAGUCCAUCCCCAUCGGUGCCAGCGUCGACCUCGAACUGUGCCGAGGUUACCCCCUGCCCUUCGAUCCUGAUGAUCCCAACACCAGCCUGGUUACAUCCGUGGCAAUUUUGGACAAGGAACCAAUCAUUGUGAAUGGGCAGGAAAAUUACGACUCCCCGGCGAGCCACAGCAGUAAAACAGGGAAAGUAAACGGCACAAAGGAAGCGAGACCCAGCAGCCCGGCUGAGGUCUCCUCCAACGGACCCCAUGGUUACCCCAAUGACACAGUCUCGUUGGCAUCUUCAAUAGCAACACAACCUGAACUCAUAACUGUGCAUAUAGUGAAAGGGCCUAUGGGCUUUGGGUUUACUAUAGCAGACAGUCCCGGUGGGGGUGGCCAAAGAGUGAAACAAAUCGUGGACAGCCCGCGGUGCCGCGGCUUGAAGGAAGGUGAUCUUAUAGUUGAAGUCAACAAGAAGAAUGUGCAGAGCCUCACUCACAACCAGGUGGUGGAUAUGCUGAUUGAAUGUCCGAAGGGAAGUGAAGUCACGUUGCUUGUGCAGCGAGGAGGGCUGCCGGUCCCAAAGAAGAGCCCAAAGUCGCAACCACUUGAAAGGAAAGACAGCCAAAACAGUUCUCAGCACAGUGUUUCCAGCCACCGCAGCGGGCACACCGCUUCCCCCGUGCACAGCGCGCAGGUGCUGCCGGACUACACCCCCGCCGAGCCGCUGCCUGCAGAGCAACCGGACGGUGCUGGGCAGAAGAAGCCAGAUCCAUUCAAAAUCUGGGCCCAGUCCAGGAGCAUGUAUGAAAGCCGACUUCCAGAUUAUCAAGAGCAAGAUAUCUUUCUAUGGAGAAAGGAAACUGGUUUUGGAUUUAGGAUUCUAGGUGGAAAUGAGCCUGGAGAACCUAUUUACAUCGGUCACAUUGUACCGCUGGGUGCUGCUGAUGCCGAUGGCCGCCUGAGGUCGGGUGAUGAACUGAUCUGUGUGGAUGGGACACCCGUUGUGGGGAAAUCACACCAACUUGUUGUCCAGCUUAUGCAACAGGCAGCCAAACAAGGUCAUGUCAACCUGACCGUCAGGCGCAAAGUGGUUUACACAGUUCCCAAGGCAGAGAAUGAAGUCCCAUCCCCAGCCUCCUCCCACCACAGCAGCAACCAGCCGGCCUCGCUGACGGAGGAGAAGCGGACGCCUCAGGGCAGCCAGAACUCCCUCAACACUGUCAGCUCGGGCAGUGGCAGCACCAGCGGCAUCGGCAGCGGCGGUGGCGGGGGCAGCGGGGUGGUCAGUGCUGUGGUGCAGCCCUACGACGUGGAGAUCCGGCGUGGAGAAAAUGAGGGGUUCGGCUUCGUCAUCGUUUCGUCGGUGAGCAGGCCGGAGGCGGGGACGACGUUCGCGGGAAAUGCAUGUGUGGCCAUGCCUCACAAAAUAGGUCGGAUAAUUGAAGGGAGCCCUGCAGACCGCUGUGGGAAGCUGAAAGUAGGCGAUCGGAUCUUGGCCGUCAACGGGUGCUCCAUCACCAACAAAUCCCAUUCAGACAUCGUCAACCUCAUUAAGGAAGCGGGCAACACCGUUACCCUGCGCAUCAUUCCAGGAGAUGAAUCCUCCAAUGCUACUUUAUUGACCAAUGCAGAAAAAAUUGCUACAAUUACAACCACACAUACUCCUCAGCAAAUACCACAGGAGACCAGCAGGAACAACACCAAACCAAAGCAGGAAUCCCAGUUUGAUUUCAAACCACCCCAAGCAGCACAGCAGGACCAAGACUUUUACACUGUUGAGCUGGAAAGAGGAGCCAAAGGUUUUGGCUUCAGUCUGCGAGGUGGCCGGGAGUAUAAUAUGGAUCUGUACGUGCUGCGGCUGGCUGAGGAUGGUCCUGCAGAGAGAUGUGGGAAGAUGAGGAUUGGUGAUGAAAUUUUAGAAAUCAACGGAGAAACAACCAAGAACAUGAAGCACGCUCGGGCCAUCGAACUGAUUAAAAAUGGUGGCCGCAGGGUCCGCCUGUUUCUGAAACGUGGAGAUGGCUCAGUCCCAGAAUAUGACCCCAGCAGUGACAGGAACAGUCCCGCCACAGGUUCACAAAAUGUAUCGGAAAUGAAACCCGUGCCAUCCGACCGACGGCAGCACCCAUCAUUGGAGUCCAGUUAUCCACCAGACCUUCACAAAUCAUCACAACACGGGGACAGGCGGACUUACGUUAGAGACCUAAAAGGCAGCAGAGAGUUUAGCAGACAUCCCAACGAACACCACACAUGGAAUGGGACUUCUAAAACCAACGACCACGUGCCGGGCAGGAGGACGGAGAGGUCGCCGGAGAAGAGGCGCGAGAGGCAGCCGGAGAGGGCGGUGGUGAACGGGCAGAAGAGGAGGUCUCCCGAAAAGAGGAGGGAAGGGACGAGGAGUGCUGACAACACUCUGGAGAGGAGGGAGAGACACGAAAGGAGGAGAGACCUCUCCCCCGAGAGGCGCAGGGAGCGCUCGCCCAACCGCCGGCGGCGGUCGCUGGAGAGACUCACGGAGCCCAGGAGGUCUCCUGAGCGGAGAAGGGAAAACUCAAGCGACCGGCGGGCGAAGUCGUCAGAUCGGCGGCGGGAGAGGUCACCUGAGAGACGGCACCGGGAGAGGGAAGACCCGGGCUGGAAGCAUGAGCCCAGCCGCCGGCACCAGCCCGAGCAGCGCAGAAGGCCCUACAAGGAGUGCAGCACCGACCUCAGUAUCUGAGGGGCUCCUCCGGGGGUCCCCGCCAGGGUGGGAGCGGAGGAGAGAGCGCGGGAGCUGAAACCAUCUGGCUUUCGCAGGCGAGGAGACAUCCGGCACCUGCUGACCCUACAAACCUUUUAUGCAGAUGAAAUCUUAUAAAAAGAGGAGGGAAAAAAAAAAAAAAGUGUUGUGCCUGAUGUAUAAUAUUAAAGAAAGUAUUUUUCAGUGUAUUCCUUUUUUUUUUUUUUUUUUUUUUAAUUACUUGCCAAAUGUUGGUCCUAAAGGAUUAUAAAAUUUUGUUUCUACAUUCUUUGUAGAUUUCUUAAGAGUAAUUCCUUUAUUGGGCUACUUUCCUCCCUCCCCAACAUAGUAAAUGGGGGUAGCCAGUAAUAUAAUAUAGGUAAAGGAUUUUAUGACCAAGUUUGAAUAAUUUGAUCCAGACUGUUCUCUAGUGACUCACUGCUACACUGUAUGUAGAAACUUUUUUAAGGGUGGGGGGGUGGGGAGGGCAGAAAAUUGUUCAUCUCAGUAGGAAUGGAACACUCCUGCUGAAGGAAUUAAAAGAGACAAAUGUUCCUAAAAUUGCAAGAACUGUUUGAAGAGACUACUGUUUCAAUGAAGGAUAUUUAUACUAAUAAUAAUUAAUUAAAAAAAAUUAAAAAAAAAUAAAUAAAAACACACACACAAAAACAAAUCCACACAGCACAAGAUGAUUUACGAUAAGGAAUUUCUAGUUUGUUCCAUGGACAGUU